CGUCUCUCCUUUGAAUACCCCUAAAUUACAAAAUAAAGAAUAUGAUGAAGAACAUGAAACUCCUACUCUUCUUUAUCUCCAUCUCCCUCCUCCUGAUCGCGGUUGCUGAAGCACAGGGAAACCCAAAAUGUCAAUGCUCACAAGACCACGACCAAGAAAACAAAGCCGGAGCUCGGAAAUACAAGAUUGCGGCCAUUCCUGCCGUUCUAGUAGCCGGAGUAAUCGGAGUUCUAUUUCCUCUCCUAGGCAAAGUUUUCCCUUCUUUGCGUCCAGAGACACCUUUCUUCUUCGUCACUAAAGCCUUCGCUGCAGGAGUGAUCCUUUCUACAGGGUUUAUGCACGUCUUGCCUGAGGCUUACGAAAUGCUUAACUCGCCGUGCCUGACUUCAGAAGCAUGGGAGUUUCCGUUCACAGGAUUUAUUGCGAUGGUCGCUGCGAUAUUGACGUUAUCAGUGGAUACAUUUGCCACUUCGAGUUUCAGUAAAUCUCAUUGCAAUGCGUCGAAGACGAUCCCUGAUGGAGAAACUGGCGAGGUGGUCGUUGACUCUGCCAAGGUGCAGAUGCUUCGGACAAGAGUUAUUGCACAGGUAUUGGAGCUGGGAAUAAUAGUACAUUCAGUGGUAAUAGGAAUAUCACUGGGAGCUUCACAAAGUCCAGAAGCUGCAAAAGCUCUCUUCAUUGCCUUAAUGUUUCAUCAAUGCUUCGAAGGUCUUGGCCUUGGUGGUUGUAUUGCUCAGGGCAAAUUCAAGUGUUUGUCAGUAACAAUAAUGUCUGUGUUCUUCGCGAUAACGACUCCAUUAGGUAUCGUUCUUGGAAUGGAAAUAGCGAAUACGUACGAUGAGUCUUCUCCAAUGGCUCUGAUCGUUCAAGGAGUAUUGAACGCUGCAUCCGCAGGUAUUCUCAUCUACAUGUCUCUGGUGGACCUUCUCGCAGCAGAUUUCAUGCAUCCCAAAAUGCAAUCCAACACUGGACUUCAAAUCAUGGCACAUAUUGCUCUUCUUCUUGGUGCUGGCCUCAUGUCUAUAUUGGCCAAAUGGGCUUGAUUAUUUUCUUAUUCAACACUCAAUUGUUUCUUCUUUUUGUCAAUCAUUUGUUCUUGUUUCUCCUUUAAAAAAAUAUUUUUUGAGAUCUCUA